AUGGCCCGACGUGCUUUUCACCGCCUACUGCGCCUCCUCUUAUCGCGCCUGGCUCGAGUAAUCUCGCCUGCCGAUGGUCCAGGCUUUCUCUACGCGUUCGUGGACGGGGGUGUGUUGUGGAAAAUCGGUAUGACGAAGGAUUUCCAUCGUAGGAGGGCAGAAUGGGACAACCAAUGUCCGUUUCCGGGGAGGAUCUGGAUGGCGCCAGUCCCGACGAUGACGAGGAGGAGGGCCGAAUCGAUCGCGCAUCUAGCAUUGGAGGACAGCUGCCUGGAUCGACCGCGACUCUGGUGCAAUAAUUGUUUUAAUCGCACUGUUUCUUGGUUUCUGGACCUCGACCUGCAUCUUCCGGUGUAUGCUUUCUGUAGUUUAGUUGUGCUGGCUGUCUGUGGCUUCUGGGGUGGCAUUUGCAGAUACAACCUCUCAAGUUUCAAUGUGGGCAAGUUCAAAUGGAAACAAGAUGAUACUGGGUGGUGGUAA